UAAAAAAAGUAUAUCAGUAUAUUUCCUUAUUAUCAAUUUUAUUUAAUAUUUUAUUUAUUUUUUCUAGAGAAAACAUGCAAAUGUUUAUAAUGAGUAUUUAGAAUAUGCAAAACAAAAGCGACAUGGUGUGGAAAAUACUUCCGUUAUUGAUAGAAAGCGCUGGUCGUGUGUUUUAAAUCAAGAAGAAUUUGAGCAAAAUAUCACAAAUUUUGUAUUAAAGUAUAUGAUACCAUUCAGAGCGGUUGAAGAUCCGUCUUUCAGAAAAAUUUUUAAUGGUACGUAUAAUUAUACAGUUAUAAUAUUUUUAAUAAACUGAAGACUGCCGCAAAAUUCUGAUUUUGUCAGCCCAACUUAUCACCUAUUUGCUUUACAGAUUUCAAAAUAAAGAGAGGUGAUACUCGGUUGAAGCACUUGACAUGUUACUCUUUGGCAAAAAGAGUCGACAGAAGUUUUAAGGACAAUGUUACAAGAAAUUGGUGACGCAAUGAGUUCGGUGAUCAAUGGUGGUGGUUUUGUUUGUACUACGGCUGAUGUAUGGACAGGAGGAUCACGCAGAUAUCUAGGUGUCACAGCUAGUUGGAUACAUCCUGAAACAUUGGAAAGAAAGUCGGCUGCACUUGCAUGCAAGAGAUUCCUCGGAACCCACUGUUUUGAUGCUAUUGCAGAUCUGUUGUCAAAAAUUCAUGUUUCAUUCAUGUUAACGCCUGAGACAAUAAGAGCGACCGUUACCGAUAACGGAUCUAAUUUCAUUAAGGCUUUCAAAGAAUUCGAAUAA